GCGAGAGGAACUCUCAAGGAUCCCUUGGUGUCAUCUCGCCGCUGAAAGCGUCACGAUGCCUAGGCAUGCCCUCGGGCACACUGGUGUACCCAUCCCUGCCUUGCCUUGCCUCUGUUCACGCUAGCUGGCCAGGGGAAGGAAACCGCCCUUCGUGCUACGUGAAGGCGUCAGUGCGGCAGGCUGCCGUCCCAAUGGUCCGGGAUGACAGCUUCCCUGACGUUCGGAACCGUCGCACAUUGCUCUCCCGUAUCUAUCCCGGUGUGUAUGGGUCACACUCAUCGCGUCGCGCAGCGUACGCAUGUCGCCGCUUCGGUGGCGCUCCCUGAACCCUUGGCGCGGGCAGAGGCGUGCGUAGGCUCGCGAGCUUUUGCUGGAGGGCUACAGGGAUGAAAGGCUCAAUGAACGGACGCUAUUGUACCUUGGAGGCAAGGGGGCAGAUUCGGGAGGAUAUCGAUGUGUGGUCCAUGGUAUGUCCUUGAGUGCAAUUCGCGGCGCGUCUGUCUCCCCGGCCCUCGGAGACGGCGUAACUCGAUUCAGACUACUCUGGGUCUGCUGUACAAUUUUUUGCAUCCCACCAUGAGUCUUUUGACUGGCAGUCGCUUCGGGUACUGUAGCUUCUUUAAACCCUGUCUUCCUAGUGUCCUUACAGUAAUCAGAGUAUGAUAUAUACGCACGCCUAGACCAUAUCUCCUUCUAGCCAAAUGUAUCAUCGUCUUGGGACACUGGAAUGUACUCAUCAAUCGUAAGAUACCAGAG